AUGGCUUCCAAAGCCAUACGACCCGAAAGCACCCUUCUGGCUGAGCGCCGUCAACAAGCCCGCGAGCUCCUCUCCCGCAAUACAGACUAUCAACAAGCUCAUGUAUGGAUACAGGAAUCCCUGGUCUACGUGCUCGCGAAAUAUGGCCCACCCCGCAAACUCGGCGUUUCUGGACUCACCGACCUACUGCUCCUAGACUUCUUCCAGCACGACGACGACGCACAAUCGAGUGAUCCCACAGUCACGCCAGAUGCCAUGGUGAUCUGGUGUAAGGCUCGCGCCAUGGUGACAAAAAUGUUUCCGGACGGCGCCUCAAAAGAAGAUGUUGUAAAGGCGCUUUCACCAUGUAUAAUAGCCUGGCAGCAAGACUUGGAUGUGUUGAAAAGUCUUGAGGAGACUGAACCAUUCGACCAAGGUCAAGAAAGAACAAAGGAUGCCACGGUAGGUGAGCACGUCGGAGACAUCGCCAAGACUCAGGGCGAGGCUGAGAUUUAG